AUGGACGGAGAAGAAUUGACGGAGCAAGAAACCGCCCUUUAUGAUCGCCAAAUUCGUGUAUGGGGUGCCGAUGCUCAAAGAAGGCUGAGCAAGUCCCAUAUACUCGUCAGUGGACUCAAAGGCACUGUUAUUGAGUUUUGCAAGAAUAUUGUGCUAGCAGGAGUAGGUAGUGUGACGUUGAUCGAUGAUCGUGUAGUGACCGAGGAAUUGUUGGCUGCCAAUUUUUUGAUUCCUCAUGAUGAGAAUAUGUAUGCUGGGAAAUCUCUUGCCGUGCUUUGUUGUGAUUCCUUGAAAGAUUUCAAUCCUAUGGUUCGUGUUUCUGUUCAGAAAGGUGAUUUGUCAAGCUUCGGUGUUGAUUUCUUUGAGAAGUUUAACGUUGUAGUUGUCAGUUCUUGCUCACUUUCAACAAAAAAAUUGGUCAAUGAGAAGUGUCGCAAAGCAUCGAAACGUAUUGCAUUUUAUACAGUGGAUUGCAGAGACUCCUGUGGUGAAAUAUUUGUUGACUUGCAGAAAUACCUUUACUCCAAGAAAGAAGUAGAUGAAAUGGUGGAGUGCCUUUUAGAAUACUCAAGUUUUGAGGAAGCUAUAGCUAUCCCAUGGAGAUCUCUUCCCAGGAGGGUAUCUAAGUUGUACUUAGCUAUGAGAGUGAUAGAAAGGUUUGAAGAGCUUGAAUCUCGUAAUCCUGGAGAUACUUCAAUUGCUGACCUUCCAGAUGUUCAAAAGUUGAGGAAGGAACUUUGCGAGGCACAUUCACUGAGUGAAUCUAUGAUUCCGGAUGCCCUCCUAGAGAGAUUAUUAGCAAGUACUACAGAAUUUCCUCCUGUUUGUGCCAUCAUUGGAGGAAUUCUUGGACAGGAAGUUAUUAAGGCAAUAUCGGGCAAAGGAGAUCCUCUGAAAAAUUUCUUUUUCUUUGAUUCAAUGGAUGGGAAAGGCAUAAUAGAGGAUAUAUCUAUAGUGAAAGCAGAAGGCUAG